GGACCCCGCCGCGUCCUCCGCCGCGUCCUCCGCCGCUAGCAGCAGCAGCAGCCAUGUAUACGCAGCUGUGAGCGUCGCUAAUACCUCGGACGUUGUGGAUGAUAUUCGGAAAUGUGGCUAUUUAAGAAAGCAGAAGCACGGACACAAGAGGUUUUUUGUGCUCCGGGCUGCCAGCCACCUCGGUCCCAGCCGGCUGGAGUACUACGACAGCGAGAAGAAAUUCAGGAACAGCCUGCGCUCCGCUGCCGGGCCGCCGCCAGCGGUGGCGCGGUCGCCCCUUCUCCCCCGAAAAGGGUUAUUUACCUCUACCAGUGCUUCACGGUAAACAAAAGGGCGGAUUCCAAAAACAAACACCUCAUUGCCCUUUAUACUAAGGACGAGUACUUUGCCAUUGUGGCUGAAAACGAGCAGGAGCAAGAGGACUGGUACGUAGCUGUCAGUGAGUUGAUGUGUGAGGGCAAAAAAGGGCACGUGGAUUCAGAUGAUCUAGAUGAUGGGUAUGGUACUGUCACCCCUGGUACUGUGUUUAAAGAAGUGUGGCAGGUGAAUGUGAAACCUAAAGGACUUGGUCAAACUAAAAACCUCACAGGUGUUUACCGGCUAUGCCUCUCAACUAAAACCAUUCACCUCGUAAAGUUAAACUCUGAGACCCCGUGUGUUAACCUUCAGCUGAUGAACAUCAGGCGCUGUGGACAUUCAGAAAGCUUCUUCUUCAUUGAGGUCGGCCGCUCCUCUUCUAUCGGGCCCGGGGAGAUAUGGAUGCAGGUGGAUGAUUCUGUUGUGGCCCAAAACAUGCACGAGACCAUCUUGGAGACCAUGAAGUCCCUGAAAGCUUUUGCAGAGUUUCGUCCCCGGAGUAAAAGCCAGUCAUCAGGCUCCAACCCCAUGCCUUUUAUCACGACGCGGCGCCACCUGGGAAACCUGCCACCGAGCCAAACGGGACUGCAGCGGCGGUCGAGGACGGAGUCAGUCGUCGGCACGCCGCCGUCAAGUAAGAGCUCCGGGGCUAGUGGUUAUCGCUUCCGAACAUCCAGCGAGGGUGAGGGGACAAUGAACCGGCCGUUCCGCUCCGCCACAGGAAGUCUGGUUCACCUUAACUCUGCACGUGCCCAUCACAGUCGCCCGGAAGGGGGCGGCAGCAGCACCGGAAGCGGUGUUGCCACAGGAAAUGCUGGCACGAGCACAUGCAGCGCACGCUAUGUCAGAGCCAUCCAGGGGUCGACGUCUGCCUACCACGCCCGCUCUGCCUCGCUGCCAGUCUCCCACUUCCCCUCCACCACCAGCCCGGUGAGCGUAUCCUCCAGCAGCGGCCACGGCUCCGUCUCCGACACGCUCACCCGCCCAUCGAGCGCCUCGAUAUGCGGCUCCCCAUCGGACGGCGGCUUCAACUCUUCAGAUGAGUAUGGAUCCAGUCCUGGUGACUUCCGGUACUUCAGGGUGCGGAGUAACACGCCAGACUCCCUGGGCAACACGCCGCCAAUCAGAGAAGAGAACUGCUUAAAUGAUUACAUGGCCAUGGGCUGGAACCGGGAGGUGUUCGGCACUAGUGGGGGCUCUGGAAACAACAGCGGAGGUGACACACCACGGGAUGAGAGCACGUCAACAACAGAGGAUGAACGCUUUUCUUCAUCAUCAUCAUCAUCGCUAAGGAGGAGGACGCACUCUUUCUCCAGACCGGCCGGUGGGGCAACUGGUGGUUCUGGAGUGGCGGUUUACCAGAAAAUGACCCAGACCAACUUCUCUUUGGACGAGGGGUCAGAUAUUGUGCUACCAUUUGGCAGUGGGCUGCUCCGUGGCGGGCCGUCCUCCUCCUCUUCCUCGCUCCGCUCUGACUACAGCUCCUGCUCCGAGCACAGCCAGCAGAGCCGUCCCUCCACGCUCUCCAGGACGGAGGCCGGUGGUGAACGCCCGCCGCUCUCCUCCUCCUCCUCAGCCAAGGAGGACAGCGGCUACAUGCCCAUGUUGUGCGGCGUGGCUGCGUCUUCGCAGGAAACUCCCCCCGACUACAUGCCUAUGCAACCCAGCUCUUACUCCCACCCCCUCUCCCAUUCCCCGCAGUUUCACAGUCCAGCUUUAGGUCACCGUUCAGCCCACCACCACCCCCAGCCCCAAUCUUCCACAGACUCCCAUGGCUACAUGAUGAUGCUCCCAGGGGGCAGCGGCAGCUCUCCUUCUCCAGGGCAGGCCCCCCCCAGCCCUCACAGUAGCUCCAGCAUGGCAGGUACCAGUGCGAGUGACAGCAUAGCAGAGAGACCUGAGAAUGGGGAAUAUAUGGACAUGUCGUACUGCAGCAGUGGGGGGCAAAAGCUCCCAAAUGAAGGGAGCGGUGGCUAUUACACAUCUGGCACACCAGAGGGUACCCCAAAGUCUUACAGCCCUUAUUUCUCCCUCCCUCGCUCUUACAAGGCCCCCACCAGAGAGAGGGAUGAGAAAGAAUAUGGGGAGUAUGUUCCUAUGAGUUCUCCUGCCAAGCCAGUCUUUUCAUCAGUUGCCACAGCUUCCAUGUCAACACCAGAGAAGAGGAGUGGGGGAGGUAGUAGCACCUCCACCCCCUCUCACCCACCCCCGCCUUAUGGAGCUCACCAUACGACCGCAGCAAUGGCAGACAGACGCGCCGCGAGGCCCAACCGCCUCCCUUUAGGCAGAAGAAGUUUCCAUGGUCCACUGCGGGUAAGUGAGCCCCCAACAGUGUCUGCAGGCACCUCCGCCUCAGUCCCCGCCACUGUUAGCUCAUCUGAAGGGCCCUCCAGUCCAGGAGAGUAUAUUAACAUUGAGUUUGGGGAUCAUUACCCCCACCAACAACAGCCCCCAGCUUAUCCUCUCACUGCCCAAGACGAAGCGCCUUCCCUGGGAUCCAGUGACCGUCACUCCCCUCACCAGGACUAUAUGAGUGUGGAGGUCGGGGCAGACCAGCAGGACAGUUCUGGAUGUCUGGGUAAAAACCAGUCACCCAGACCCAGCCUCGUUGCCCCCUGGAACCCCCCCAGCUAUAUCCGACCCCUGGCUACCAAUCCUGGGGCGCUGGCCUCCCCUGGAGUCACUGCCGGAGGUCACUGGAGGUCGAUGGGGGACGACUACACAGACAUGACAUUUAACCCCAGCAGAGGAGAGAGGACGCAAACGAGCCCCACGGCCAUGCUGCAGCAUCUCUGUGUGAUAGAGGGACGUUAUGGCCAUGCUCCCUCUGCCUCCUCCUCGCCCCCCCUCCCUCCAUUGAGCCCAGGAAGGGCAACUACACAACAGCUGGAGCCCAAGGUGGUUCGAGCCGACCCCCAAGGCAGGAGGAGACACAGCUCUGAGACAUUCUCUUCCACGUCCUCCUCUAAUUCAACUCCCUCUGGAGGAGGACUUGCCCCCUCAUCCUCAGCCACCCCUCCUACACUGGCCAACCCCACGGCCCCCAACGGCUCUUACCUAACAGAGGGUCAGGCUUCCAGGUGGGCCAGCGCAGCAUCUUUUGACAGCAUGUGGGUGUCCAUGGAGGGCCUUGGGGAGUCGCAGGUUGAGCAUGCUCCAGUAAGAGCCAUGGAAAUGGGCACAACCUCAGUGUCAUCCUCCUCCUCGGGGGCAGGAGGCGGCAGAAUGUGCAGGAACAUAUCUGUGGGCUACCAGAACGGCCUGAACUACAUCGCCUUGGAGCUGAGUGAGGACGCGAGUAACACGGGAGCCAUGGCGGCGGGAGCUGGUAGCAGCAAUGGGAGCUCGGCGGCGGCGGCGGGGACGGUACCUCUGCCCGAGAACGGAGCCUAUGCCAGUAUAGACUUCACCAAAUCUGAUGGCGUCACCACGACAACCAAGGACUGAGCGACUGGACGAUAAGAGGUUCCCCACCUUCCACCUCCUCCGCAUCUCUCUGGUACUGUCACUUGACUCUGCCUGUGACCUUUGGCCUCCACUCCGCCGGCGACCUCUGACCUUUCCACCCGGACCGAGCAGCCGCUCCCUUCUGGGCGCAGAAAACGACAACAGACGACAAAAACGCUUGCAGUUUUUUAUAAAUGUAUUUCAUUAUUUUGUGUGUUUUAUAUGCAUAUCUUGUCCUGUUAUUUUUAUCAUUUCCCCCCCCCCCCCCCUCUCACAAUCAAUGCUGCCAGUGUGCGCUGCUUUUUUUCAACAGACAUCGGUCAGUGAACUUUGGUUGAGGGGGGGCGUCAACAGAACCUCAGAUCGUCAGAAGGUUCUGCUUCUCCGUACGGUAUUAAAAAAAGGGAGGGAAUAUUAAGCAACGGCAUUAUGGUACAGACUUGGAAACUUUUAUGUUUGCGUUGAAUUUAAAAUAUACAUUUUUAUCUUUCUAUUAUUAUUUUUUACCCCCCCCCCCCCAUGCAUAACCCUUCCUCAAUAUGGUACCGUACAGUUAUUACAUUGUGGUCGUAGAGAAUGUUCUUACCGCGCUCGCUCUCACACGUAUGGACCCAUCGCCUCAGCGUGCCAGUUAAACAAUAACACAACUGGGGGAGGGGGGGCUACAGCACCCGUGUGAGUGUCCUGCGAUGAGAAACCCUAAAAGCAUGACUCUCCUCAUCUUCUGUAGCACAUAUUAUUAUUUAUUAGGUGCAAAUAUUCCGGUACAUUUCUCUGUUUGCUUUCGUGACGUCGGCGGUACUCGGCCGGCCGGCCGGGCGGGGGGGGGGAAGAACGCCGGCCACCAAUCGAAUGCUGGAAAGUUUUUAUUUGUCUUUGUUGAUCGCUGACGUUUAAAGGGAUAGUUCUGGGGAGUACGUUGUUGUUGUUGUACGAGUUGGAUGAAGUGGUUGAUGCCACUCGUGUUGAAUAUGAAGCACAUUAGCUUAGCUUAGCAUAAAGACAGGAAGCAGCUAGCUCUGGAGUUCACAAGUUGACCUUCCACUCUAAAGCUCAUUAAUUAAUAUGUUGCAUCUUGUUUGUUUUAUAAACCCCCCCCCCCCCACGUGUGUAAACAUUUUAUGUGCGGGACUCUUCCUGAAGUCUUGUCGUCACCCGUCCCUCUGGGAACGUUUCUGUGCAGGUAAACAAACAAGAUGACAUGAAGUGAGCUUUAGAGUUUCACGUCUUUGUACUAAGACUAUAGCUACACAUAGACCUAACAGAGUGGGAUUCAUCUUCUCCUCCAACACCCCCGCAAAGAAACCGCUCAACAUCUUUCCCAAAAUGUGGAACUAUUCCUUUAAAAAGAAUCAUUAAGAAGCAGCGUGUAGAGGUGCUGCUGUGGUCAGUAGUGUUACUGAAGCAGGUGUUUUAGUUUGUGUUUGUUUUCCUGCAGUUUUACCUCAUGCGGUCCGUAGCACAGUUCAGGUACGCGAGGGAGAGUGGCACCGACACACACACACACACACACACACACACACACACACACACACACACACACACACACAUGUCACGGUCAUGUGGCGUCUCCCAUGUCUGCUCUCAUAACACAUACAGAAGUCAUGCAGCCCUAUUUAGGCGAGGAUAACUCCUGUGUGCCCCCCCUUUCGGCUCGUUGUCAGCGGCUCUUGAUGACGCACGUACACACACACGCACAUAUAUAAAUAAAUAUAUAUAUAUGCGCACGCUGGGGUGUUCGUCCCUGGCUCUGGGUGACGUGAAGAGGUUUCCGGUAACCUGAGCUCCAGCCCCAGGUGCAGCAUGCUGGACAUACUUGCCCUGCUACAACCUCACAUACAGACGCACAUAUGUGCACACACACAUUUGGACAAGCAGUGAACACCCACAUCAAUCACAGUCUUAGCCGGAGCUUGCUGCCUCUUCUCUCUCACACUUUAACAGACUGACACGCCCAUAUUUAGCAUUUCUCCUCGCACUCCUCUCCCAUGACUGUCACCCACAUGACAUGUGCUCAACACACACAGACUGGCGGCUAACGUAGCCCACAGAAUUGCAUUUUUUAGUUGUUUAGUAUUCACUCAUCUAAUGCCAUCUUUCCCCGUUUCCGAUUUUCCCUCCUCUCUUUUUUUUAAUCCUCCCACUCUUUUGUUGUUUUGAAUUAGUUUGGACGGAUGAAGGCCUGUCACUCUGGUGUGCGGGACGCAUCUUUGUCUCGCACCGCGGGGACGCUGAGGUGGCUUUAAAUAAUUCUCGAGAAGGUUUUGCAGCAGCGUCAGAAGAUCUCAAAGUGAAGGUCAGCCGGCUGUGAUUGACAGCCGGCUCGACGCUCCCUGAACUGUACAGAUGCAGUGAGCUCUGCACAUCUGGCAAAACCGUUGUAAACUUUUUUGGAAGUUUUGAUUUCUUGGAAAAUAAAGUCAUAGAUGGACCGAUGGGGGGGGGUCGCACACGGUCUCGUAUUUGGUGUGAUAUGAUCCAAACUCUGAAGCUGCAGACAGUUUUUGUUAAAUCUCCGUAAGAUAACUUGCAAAAACAGACUUUUAGUAUUUAUUUAAAUCCAUAUUGCAAAACAAAAAGGUGCUUUUGGCUCAUUGCAACAGAGACCUUGUAGCUCUGAAACACACGAUGCUUUUAUCUUGUGUUGCGUUGUUUUUCAGGACUUUAGAGGCUCCAUACGUUCCUUUAUUUUAAUUAUUUGUUGUCUAUUUGACACAUCUGCUAAACAAACAUGUCUUUUAGGACAACAAGUGAUGUGUUUGUUCAUGUUGUAUGCUAAGGUCAUAGCAUGUGCACCGGACAGCUUUCUACAAGAUGGAUUUAAAACAGUGAAAAUGAAAUCCUAACAUUUUGAGAAGAUAACAAAAUGACUUAAAAUGUCAAUUGAUUGACGAUUACGUACCAGAUAAGUGGAUUUUACUGCAUCAAUGCAAUUCAGAGUGUCAUAUUUCAUCACUAUGAAGACGACCAACGUUACAAACUUUCCAUAUCUUAGUCCAAGACCUGUGAGGUUCUCCACUCAAAGCCAAUCUCAAAGUAUCUUCACCCUUUCCCAUUAUUUCUCCCAACUGUAGUGACAACAGAGCCAAAAAGUAAAUGAGAGACUGAUAACACACAAAGAUUUUACGCCUGCGACGUGUCUUAUAUGUACAUUAUGAACAAUUUGAGAUAUUUUUUAUUUGUCCCCUUCGAGCGAACAAAGAGUAUUUAGGCUGCUGCCCGACACAAACGAGAACCUUUUUGUUUCUUAUGUUUUGAAACAUGUUUUGUGAACUUACUAUGCUACAGCGACGUGUUGCUUUUGUUCUUUUUUGUUUUUUUUAACACUAUGGUAAAAAGAAAUGGUAGAUUUUGGGGGGAUUUUGGAAGAAUCCUCCUGAAUUUAUUUGAAGCGUUAUUCAAAAAUGGAUAAAUGUCAUUCAUGUCUGAUUGCCUUCAUGUUGAAUUUUACUCCCUUUGUCAUGACUGAAUUAAUUUACACAGAAUCUGUGUUAAUUUUGGCAACAAUUCAACCUCAAAACUGUCCUCAAUUCUACCGAUUCUGAUGUUGAAAGUCAGCUGUUGUGAAUUUUUCUUGUUAGGGGUGGA